AUAGCGUUUAUUUUGAAAACAAUUAUAUUUGCAUUGCAAUAAACAAGAAUGCGUCCAAUUAACAAAAAGAAAGGUGCGCAACGUCAACAGAAAGGGCCUGCCCCGUUUUUGGGUGACACCUCCAUUUCAGACGAAGCCACAAUAUUGGAGUCGCCUGGACGUGAUAGCCGUAACGAUACAGACUAUGGCUUGGAAUUUACCACAACUGGAUUAAGUGCAAUGGGCAUGCAAAGUCGCUGCUCCACUAUGCGCCAGGAGCAGCGUUCAUCUCAACAGGAUAACAUAACCAGCAGCGAAGAUGACCAAAAUGAGAAUCGCCCGCCUCCAAGUGCAGCAGCUAGGGCAGAUCCGACUCCACGACCGCAGCAGCAGCGCCAAAAGCAAACAAGUGUAGGAGCACAAAGACGAAAGCAACGUAAGCCGGAAUUUCAUAUGCGUAAAUUGGCGCGGGAAAUUUUAAAAUUGCAAACGACGCCCAACAAUUUAAUACCGCGACUGCCCUUCUCUCGCCUGGUGCGCUCUAUAAUUAUGGAAUUCACAAAUCCACCUUUCUCCAUCUCCAAAUCCGCUCUGGAGGCGUUGCACGUAUCUGCCGAAAUGUAUUUAACGCAACGGUUCCAGGACGCCUAUUUGCUAACCCUGCAUCGCGGUCGAGUGACUCUGGAGCUGCGCGAUAUGGCGUUGAUCGCAUUUUUUUGCAAAUCCCGAGGCGACAUUUAAGAGGCUUAGUGGCUUAAGUAGUUAUAUAUGUAUUUUAACUGUUAACUAAGACAUUUUAAACACAUUUAAUAAAAUUGUAUUUUAGAAGGCUAAAUCGCCUGGCGAGUCAGUUUUAAAGGCUUAACUCACGCCAACUAAUACAUAACACCUCAGGCGGCUUUAGUUUUCCUAAAUAUAUUUUCCACAUAUAUUUAAGCCAAUUUUUGUUUAAAAAAAUACUUAUAAACAAAAAAUCAUACAUGCAUAUGUUCU